AUCCCACUUCCCUACGCCCUCUCUCCAUCACACAACCACACACCAACAAACAUGGGUGCCAAAGUACCGCGCAACUUCCGCCUGCUGGAGGAGCUCGAAAAGGGCGAGAAGGGUCUCGGCGCUGAGGCAUGCUCGUACGGACUUGACAACGGUGACGAUCUGUUGAUGUCAGACUGGAAUGGCACAAUCCUCGGCCCGCCUCACAGCGUUCACGAGAACCGCAUCUACAGUGUAUCGAUCCAUUGCGGCCCAAACUACCCCGAUGCGCCGCCCGAAAUCAAGUUCACAUCCAAGAUCAACCUGCCCUGCGUGAAUGCACAGAAUGGCAAGGUCGAUGCCUCCAAGUUGCCAUGCCUGGCGCAGUGGAAGAGGGAGUUCACAAUGGAGACUAUUCUGAUCGAACUCCGCAGAUACAUGGCUCUGCCUCAAAACAAGAAGCUGCCCCAGCCGCCAGAGGGUUCUACCUUCUAAAGAGCAAGACUCCACCAACGAACGACACGAAAGCGAACAAUGACCCGGGAUUGGAUUGACCAACGUGCAUAUGUAUGGAGUUUUGGCCGCCCAUAUCAGCUAUAAGGGUUAAGGUUACCAGAAAGAUCAAAUGAAACAUCAAUAUCAACAUCGCAU